UACACAUUUUCGUUGUAUGUCAUAAUAUAUAAGAUAUCAGCUUUUUCAAAAUUUCUCGUACAAAUUUACCGCAGUAUUUUAACAGCACACUGAAGACCUUGGUAACUCGCACUUGAGCCCACGUUUUUAAUGGCGACCGCGCCAAGAAAAAGACCCGACCAGGGCGGAGUUUAUGGUGGCAGCUCGUCGCAGGACCUCGUUACCGACCAGAACUCGGGUCGUCGCCAGGAGCAAAAGGUCUACACCUUCAGCGACCGGCCGCCGCAGCCACAGCCGAAGCCACCGGGACAGCCAGGACUACCGGCGAAGCCUGAUGACAAGAGCAAGCCGCAAAAGACCAUUCUCGAGGAGCACGGCAUUAUUUUGGGCAAAGUGAUUGGCACUGGCAACUAUGCUAAGGUCAAGAUCGGAUUCUCGGAGGAGUAUGGUAAGCGGGUUGCCGUCAAAAUCAUCUCCAAGGUGAAGGCUCCCUCCGAGUACACGCAGAAGUUCCUGCCUCGGGAGAUCGAGGCGGUGAAGGGCCUACACCACGAAAACUUGAUUACCUUCUAUCAGAGCAUCGAGACUAGUCAUAGGGUUUACCUGAUAAUGCAGCUGGCUGAGAAUGGGACUCUUUUAGACUACGUGCGUGAGCGAAAGUUUCUGGAUGAGCCGCAGUCGAGGACGCUGUUCAAACAGCUUGUGAGUGCGGUGGAGUACAUCCACAGCAAGGGAGUGGUUCACCGGGACAUCAAGUGCGAGAACCUACUGCUGGAUGAGAACUGGAACCUAAAGCUCAUCGACUUCGGGUUCGCGCGCAAGGAUACGCGGACCCCCGACAACCAAGUGAUUCUAUCAAAAACCUUUUGCGGCAGCUACGCCUACGCCAGUCCUGAGAUCCUGAAGGGCGUCGCCUACGAUCCUUUCAUGUCGGACAUCUGGGCCUGCGGAGUCGUCUGCUACGCGAUGGUCUUCGGUCGGCUUCCCUACGACGGUUCCAAUGUGCACAUUCUCCUGAAGCGCAUCAACCAAUCCCUGGUUUUCCCCAAAUCCCCUUCUGCAUCCAGCGAGUGCAAGCACAUGAUUAUGCACAUUUUGGCGCCCGUGAAGAUCCGCUACAACAUUCCUCAGGUCAAGGAGGACCCUUGGUAUUCGCUUAAGUAAAUGUGUAUACAUGGCACCUGAGGAGCGGUAACCAUAAAAGCUCGAGAAGACCACAGGAUCGCUGGGGCCUUGGAUAAGCUCUGGAAUACCAGUUAAUAUCAAAUUUGCCUUACGAAAGAGAAAAACACAAUUUUUGAUCUAUGAAUUUUCUGUUAUUGUAGCAAUAGUUAUAUGAUAUAGUCAUUAAUUUGAGAAU